AUGAUUUCUGCGGACACAAUGCGCACUGUCGUCGGAAUAGUCGGCAAUGUCAUCGCUUUAGGACUCUUCUUCUCUCCAUUGCCGACAUUUAUUAGGAUAUGGAAGAAAAAAUCAGUGGAGGAGUUCUCAGUUAUACCUUAUGUAGCGACACUUCUAAAUUGCAUGUUGUGGAUGUUGUAUGGGCUACCCAUUGUGCACCCAAAUAGUACCCUAGUUCUUACCAUAAAUUGUGCUGGGACUGCCAUAGAGAUUUGCUAUGUCAUCCUCUACCUAAUCUUCUCUGACGGGCCAAAGCGACUCAAGGCCCUAUUGCUCUUCUUUGGUGACUUGGCAUUUGUCGCUGUUGUCGCUAUUAUCGUGCUCAUCUUCUUCCACACACAUGAUCGUCGCUCUCUUAUUGUUGGUAUCCUAUGUGUUAUCUUCUGCAUCAUAAUGUAUCUCGCUCCUCUCUCCGUCAUGAAAAUGGUGAUACAAACGAAGAGCGUGGAAUACAUGCCUCUCUCUAUAUCGGUUGCAUCAUUUCUUAAUGGGCUUUGUUGGACCAUCUAUGCUCUUAUCCGCUUUGAUCUAUACAUUACAAUUCCCAAUGGUCUUGGCCUAUUAUUUUCCAUAACUCAAUUAAUAUUGCAUGCAUUAUACUACAAGUCGACCCGGAGACAAAUUGCUGAGAGAAAAUUAAAGGGUGAAGUGGGGCUCACUGAUGUUGUCAUCGAUGAUAGCACGAAGGAGUCGUCUAUUAUAUCUUCUCAAAAAAAUGAAUGCGGAGGCCGAACGCCAUCUAGAGAUCACCCGAAUGUGCAACGUUACCCCUUACUCGUACUGCGGCUCCGUACUGUUUACAUGGUGCAUUCUGGUUGA